AGGGGUAUUGGCUGGGGUGGAACAGUCCUGUAAUGAGCAGAUUUGAGAGAGAGGGAAUGAUAGAGCAAGAGGGAGAGAGAGAGAGAGAGAGAGAAAACAAAAAACAAGAGAGGACAGAUGACUUGGUGGAACUGGGCUACAAUAACAAUCCCGGAUGUGAGCGAGUGCUGAAAUGGAGGGGGGGAAAAGAUGAAUAAUUUUUUUAUCUCCUUCUUCACAACCUCAUCUUCAAGCGAGAGCGCCAUCAUUAGAUCACAGCAGAGUAAAGGAGAAGAGGAGAAAUAGAAGCAAUAAGAGGAGCAGAGGAGAUAUUCACGCUCCGUUAUGUCUUCCGAAGUGUGUUUGCGAGGUUGAGUCUGUGUCCGUAGCCACGGAUGUGUGGCUCUGAACAUGACUCGGAUCGCUCGUUUCCAGGCCACGCUAUAGGGAAAUAUCUUCAACUUCUCCGCUCUUGUGAUUUGUGUGGAUGGUGCACCGGCGCAGCAGCAGCAGCAUCCCUGUCCUGGAUCAGGCUCCAUUUAUGACGCGGUGAUGCUGUGAUGUUUGAUUGAGCUGAGCUCUGGUGCUACUGCUGCUGCUGUUGCUGUGGGCCGCGAGCAUUGCUAGGAAAGCCUAUAGGCCUCGCUCGUCUGGAGCGCCCCGCUGCACGGCCCAGGCAAUGGGCCGGUGAGCUCCCCGACUGCAUGGAGCAGGAAGCUGGAGGAGGAGAAAGAUGAGAAGCACCAUGAGCCUGCAUGCCCACGGGAAGUCUAACACAUCACAGCAUCAGUCCUCACUUCCGACCCAUCAGUGACGGGUAGAUUGCUUCUCAAUCAUAAGGUCUCUUUGAAAUUUUUGGGAUGAGGUACUGGAAUUUUACAUCCUGAUCUAACAGAAGAGGGAGAGGCAAGACCCUGCACCUCCAUGCUAUCAGCUCCAAACAAAGCCCCCUCCCUCGUUGCUCUUUCUAUUUGAACGAGACCCUUGAUUCUGCUUUUCUUGACAUUCUGAGUAUUUGCCUAAACCUGUUUCAUGCAUGUCCACUGGAGGCAGGUUUGACUUUGACGAUGGGGGGUCGUACUGCGGGGGGUGGGAGCAGGGCAAGGCCCACGGCCGAGGGGUCUGCACAGGGCCCCAGGGUCAGGGUGAGUAUGCGGGGGCCUGGAGCCAUGGCUUUGAGGUCCUUGGCGUCUACACGUGGCCCAGCGGUAACAGCUACCAGGGUACCUGGGCACAAGGCAAACGACACGGCAUUGGAGUGGAGCGUAAGGGCCGCUGGGAGUACAGAGGCGAGUGGACACAGGGCUUCAAAGGUCGCUAUGGGCAGCUGGAGAGCACGGCGAGCGGUGCCCGAUAUGAGGGGACAUGGAGCAACGGUCUGCAGGAUGGAUACGGCACUGAAACCUACUGCGAUGGAGGAACCUACCAAGGCCAAUGGCUGGCUGGAAUGCGUCAUGGCUACGGCGUGCGGCAGAGCGUGCCAUAUGGCAUGGCGGCAGUCAUCGUCUUCCCUCUGCGCACAUCCAUAAACUCCCUCCGCUCUGACCACAGCCACGGCCCUCCUGCUAUGCUGGAGGACGGCAUCACCCCCAUGCCCACAGACGGGGUGGUGGCCGGGCUGGCCGGGAGCCCGGUGGGCCGCGGAGGAUUUGCUCUCACAGCUCCAAGUGAGUCCGAACGUCAGAGGAAGAGAAAAGGCCGCUUCCGCCAGUCCAUCCUGAGUGGCCUGAAGCUACGUCGCUCUGAGUCAAAAAGUUCGCUGGCUAGUCAACUCAGCAAACAGAGCUCCUUCUGCAGUGAAGCUGGCAUGAGCACUGUCAGCUCCGCUGCAUCCGACAUCCACUCCAACGCCAGUGAAAGUGAACAGGGUGCACCUGUGGAUGCUACAGUCACCGAAAUGUAUGCAGGCGAGUGGCGGAGUGACCACAGGGCUGGCUGGGGUGUGAGUCGGCGCUCAGACGGGCUGCAUUAUGCGGGUGAAUGGGCAGGGAACAAAAGACAUGGCUACGGAUGCACCACGUUCCCUGAUGGCACAAAGGAGGAAGGCAAGUACAAACAGAAUGUGAUGGUGAGCGGCAAACGCAAAAACCUGAUUCCGCUGAGGGCGAGUAAGAUCCGAGAGAAGGUGGACAGGGCCGUUGAAGCUGCUGAAAAGGCUGCAGACAUCGCCAAGCAGAAAGCAGAGAUCGCCGUGUCGAGGAUGAGCCAUGCCCGUGGGAAGGCGGAGGCAGCUGAAGGAGUGGCACAGAAGGCCAUGGAAGAGUGUCGACUAGCCCGGAUUGCUGCCAAGGAGCUCUCACCAUCAUUUCACAUCUAUGGUAAUGGGCUUGAAUGUCAACGGGCCAAGCACCAGGAUGCCAAGGACAAAGAUCACGAGGUCAUCUCCACAGGAACAGACAGUCCGGAGCUGUGCACUCCCGACACCACACCGCCUGUAAUAACACCUGAUCUCAGCCCCGUGCUGAGUGUACCCGUCUCACCCCCACACAGCCCGCCCAAGCACAGCAAUCGUCUACGGAACGCUUGCUUCAUGCGCCAAAGUGCCGUGGAAGAUCAAGGCGGGGCCGAGAUCCAGGUGCUGGUGGAGGGGCGGGGAACUGAUUUGCCAAGGGGUGGUCCUAAUAAUUGGACUGAGGAUCUGUAUCCAGACCGAGGAGCCAGUAGCCGCUCGACCACGCCCUCCCUUCUGGAGGAACAGGAGGGCCAAAUUAAUGGCCACGAGCAAACCCCUUUGUCCAAUCACAAACCACGAGAAAAGUCUUUGUCCAAUCACAAGCCCCGUGAGCACUCUUCUGCCUACAGAGUGUGGGAGCAUUCCCUGUCCAAACAAAAGCCCUCCAAACACUUCUCUUCAAAUCACAAGUCAAGAGAGUACUCAUCGUCCAAUCACAAAACAUGGGAUCACUCUUCCACCAAUCACAAGGCCUGCGAGCAUGCUUCCAACUACAAGCCACAGGUACACAUUUUAUCCAAUCACAAAGCCUUGGAAUAUAAUAUGUCCAAUCACAAGACUUCUGAGCAUGCUUCUUCCAGUCACAAGCCCCAAGAUUAUAUCUCCUCUAAUCAUCAUGCAAAGGAACACGUCUCUUCCAGUUACAACCCUCGAGAGCAUGUCUACUCCAACCUACCCAAGCAGCACAACCACUCCAACCACAAGCUUAUUGAGCAUGCUUUAGUUGACCAAAGGCUCGACGGCCUCACCGGGGGCUGGACUGCUGAGAGUACCCUUAGGUGGAGCCCUGCUCACUCACGCCUCACAGAGCACGACGAGGAGAAGAUGAAUGACUAUACAGUCGACAUGAGACUCCAGUGUCCAGACUUGCAGAUGUCUCGGGGUUUGGGCCAGGAGUCCCCAGCCCCGAAAAAUAACAGGCUGCGAUCCCGAGGCCUUCGACCAGUAAGGGAGGGAUCCAUGGACUCUGUACAGAUGCUGGAAAACCUGAAUGUGGGGGCAGAGAUAGAGGAAUGGCCCCUGCACAGGGAUCUCACACUGUCUCCGCCCCUUACCUCUCAGCCCAUCAUACUGGAGCAGGAAGGAGAACAUCUCACCCUCAAAUCAAACUCAGGCUCCAGCUCUAUUCUGGUGGUUAUGGUCAUUUUACUCAACAUUGGAGUAGCCAUUCUUUUCAUUCACUUCUUUAUUUAAGCUUAUACAGGUACGAUCUACUAAGACUUAUUGAUAACUAUGGUAUAUUAUAUUAUUCCUGAUACUGAGAUGGACUUUCUGCCUGUUGCACUGGAACCCACAGCCCCACGUGACGGACACAAGUCAGCCUGUCUAUCGUUGCUACUGGUCUUUUCGCCUCUGUUGAAGCCUGAGUUUCUACAAGCGAACCAUUCCUUUUUGAAAUGUUUAUUUUGAGCUUGCAACCACAGACAAAGGUGAUUAAGAUAGUAAAGAGAGCAGCUUUAAGAUGGCGUGGUGUAAAAGGACGCACAUGCAUGCACCUGUACUGUUAUAAAGACUGGAGGUGGCACAGACAGUUCUGCCCAUUUUUCCACUCUAGAAAAGAAUAUAACGACUCUUUGUGUCCCGUUACCAUGACAACAUGCUAGCCAAGAGCAUGGCACACUCUCCAUGCCAAACCCUACAGUCCCUUCUGCCCUCUGCCUCUUUCCCCCUUUUGAACCCAUCCACCAAUCUCUAAACCCUAUUCGCACUAUGCCGCUACAGAACUAUGCUGCAAGAGUAGAUCCAUUUUAAAGGGCUCCGUCAUUCUUCUUUUCUGUUUAACUACAAAAGAAACGUGCACAGCUAUUGCAUGAGGCUGUGUGGUGUUUUAAAAUGCAUUUUCUAUCCCUUUAACAUCACUGUUCCAUCUUCAUUUGUACACGCUCGAUCUUGAUGAUCACGUCUCACAAUUCUUUGCACCCGCUGGCAGAGAUUUGGAUUCGGUCGCACCUUCACAUCCGACCAAAUCCGACUUCACGAACUGAACGUGAACGUGGUGGCACGUCUUUACAGCUUGGACGUGUGAGUCUAAUGUCAAAGAUCUUCCAGAAUUUAUUGUACGUGAAGUGAAAUUUUUACGUCGACUCUCCAACCUGACUUUCAACACACGUGCAUUCUUGACGAGACACAUUUGCACGCAGAAACACAUUUAGCGCUGACUUACUGAGGAAGGUUCAGCCUUGCCCCUUUGUACAGCCUUGAGACUGUUAUGUUAACCACUACUUCUAAUAUAUAUGUGUAUGUGUCAUUAUUAUUCUAGUUUGUUACUUUUUUGCAGUUUGCAAGACAGAGAGAAUGCUGAGUGCCUCGUAUUUAUUCAUUUUCCGUCUUAAUUUAUUAACCGCGC